AGCCUAUUCUGUUCAAUUCAGCAUAGCAAGCACAUCCAGUAUAGCUAGCAUGAUACCUGGCUCGCGGCCAAGUGCGUGCCCUCCAUGGCCUCCACCGGAGCCUCUGAUUCAGUCAGGAGCCGUGAGCUCUUCCUCUUCCGCGCCCUGGUCAUUUCUGGAUUUGACUUCCCCGAUCAGGUCGCAGAUUCUCUUCAACCUUGUGGGUGACUUGCUGUGCUACAGCGGGGCCAAUGAAGUCAACAUCCAAUUGAGCAUUGUCCGCUCUGCUUGUCGGGAGCUCCGCGACCAGAUCGAUGAAGAGUGCUUGACUUUUAACUAUGACGACAAUUGUGGGCUGGGUGGAAGCCGCUCGCGUGACCGAGACGAGAUCAUUGCUCUGAACAACUGGAUCUCGCGGCACCCGCGAUUGAAAUACUUUGAGUGCAUGAUUCGGAAUGCAGCGAAAUUCCGAGUGCUCUUGGAGGAGCUGCGAUUGCCUCCAAAUACUCGCUGCAGCUUCGUCUUUGAGUUUAAGGUCAGUGCCCGAGAGGUGGAGCAACUCCUGUGCCGCUUUUGCGUUCGGAGACUAUCGUUGAUGCCCGAGGACGAAAAGGACCCACAAGGCGGCUAUCCGAAUCCGAAUUCUCGCCCCUCCUGGCAGGCAACCCCCAGUCUGCACGUUCUCUGCCUGAGAAGUUGUUCGGACGAGAUGGUCCAGUCCUUCUUCUCGGUGAGUCCCAGACUGCGAAGACUUCAAGUGGUGGAUAGCAAGUUGCAGAGCAUUCCAAGCAACAUUUCACAGAACCUCACAAGCCUGAGCCUCACUGGGAUUACCAACCUCCCAGAUGAGCAGCUCUCGAAGCUCUUGAUGGCAUGCGAAAAUCUCCGGUCACUCUACAUCGCCAAAUCCCACAUGUCUCACAUUUCUUUUGCUUUACCAAAGCUGGAGCUCCUGUCUGUGACCCAUUGCCGGCAGCUCACAGACCAAUGUGCCACAGAGAUCCUCUCGCCAGCGAACAAUCCUCGCUUGAGAUUUCUGGAUUUGUCGGAAUGCAGAAGCCUCUUGGCUCCCACCGUCGAGCAUCCGGAGCUUGAAAUCGCGUGGCUGAUGCAUUGCCCACAGCUCACCGGACAGGCGGUCUCUGCCAUGUUUAAAGCAUGCACUUCUUUGACUGCGGUGAACCUGGUUCAAUCUUCCAUUGAACAAGCGGUGCUUGCUUCGGCAUCGUUGAGGACCUUGGAACUGACCACAUCCCAGAAGCUGGCGGAUGGGACCGUGACCCAGCUGCUGGAGAAUUGUCCAAAUCUAUCAUUUCUUGAUGUGGGACAUUGCUGUCAACUGGUGGAGCCAAAAUUGACACAUCCCAUUCUGGAGACUGCUCCAAUCUCAGCACGUUAGUUACAAAGACGUAGAAAGAGAGAAGGGGUCAACAAGUCAAUGAGUUGUUCUAACUGCUGCUGCGAAAGCUAAGGGAGAAUCUUGCAAGGAGUCAAGUAAGUGGAACAUGUAUGACCAGCCCUGACAGCUCUGACUGACAACAAUGAGCAUCUGGAUCCACACCCAUGCACCGUGACUGCGGUGAGCCGCUCGCCUCCGAGCCGGCCAGAUCCUUCUGAGCUUCUGCGUGAACCUUCGAGAAUCCGCAGUGGCUGGCCUCUUUGAGAACUGUCCAAAGUUGAGGUAUGUCGAAAUUGCAGUUUGCAUGUUUGACAUGACCAAGUUCCAGAGAACGUGCAGACCGGAAUGUACAGUGGUCGUCAAUUUCGAUUUCUGAGGA